AUGUCGCCAGAUACUGUAUCGUCGAUGUUCCCGGGCCGACCGAUUCGGCCGUUACCGAAACGUCGACUGCGCGAGAAGCUCUCACCAGGGACCGUAGAGACAAUGGCGUAUCCUCCUUCAACUCAGGAAACAACGCCUCUCUUUUAUUACCCCCCAUACAACUUCAGAAAACACACGAGCCCGUCUCAACAAACUCGUCGAGCGGAGGAGGGCUGCAACUAUACCCCUCGACGAAAUGGGCUGGCGCUACCAGAUGGCGAAGACGAAGAGCCGGCUUUGCGAAGCACUCUUGUUACUAGAACACCCCCAGAGAUCUUGACUCGUGGGACUCAGCGAUCCUCGAAGCCAGAUAUCCCUGAUCCGCAACCGCCGCUUUCCGCAGCGUCCUCUGUGGAUGGUUAUGAUGUAUUUGAAAACGCGAACAACAAAAAGAAGCGGAAAAUUCCUUCCGCUGGGGAGCUUUCUGUUAAUAGUACCCAGGGCUCGAAUAAUGAGAUUGCCAUCUCAGCUGGUGCAGGACAUCCUCCUACCGAUGAAUCACACAACGGCCGAGCGCACUCCCACCCAGUCUCACAUCCAACGACGGGCACUUUUUCAUCCAACAAUGAGGGGAUAUCAGGACCUGGGCGGGGCAGGCUUGGGCGUUUAAGGAAUGGCAGAAGCCCGCUGCGAGCAUUGUCUGAUGGCAACAGUAAUGCGUGGGCUGGGCGAGGCUCAAAAGCCACUACAUCUCGGUGGACAACGGGCGAGAAAGAGGGCAGUGGUAUAAUAUCAAAUGCUAUCGCAAACGCCGAGAAACUUCGACCUCAGGGGCAGGAGAACCAUCGACCCAAUUCACUUUCACCUGUGAUUCCCAAGUUCCUGGCACAAUUCAGUGGCCCGUUAGGUCACUCGAGCAAGCACAGCAUGUCAACUCAGGCUGGCCCUGGCUCCUUACCACCUGGCAGUGUUGCUCCUCACGAUGGGUCUUCUGUGGCAGCUAGUCGAGGCUCCGGAAGUUCUCGUCGAGACAGCAAACGACGCCUAGACAGAUCACUCGAAAGGGCUGCGCGGCGUCGUCGUCAAGAGGCGCGGCGGGAUCCCACCAAAACAGCUGACGAAUGGAUUUGCGAAUUCUGUGAAUACGAGAUGAUAUUUGGGGUACCACCCAGAGCAUUGAUCCGGCAAUAUGAGAUGAAAGACCGCCGGCGCCGACAGGAAGAAGCUGAUCGCAAACGACUUCUCGAAAAGGCCAAGGAGAAAAGUCGAAAGGCCAGAAAGGGUGGCAAGAAAGCUGCAUCUCGAGGCGAGAAUGCUGCCGCUCAGAACCCGCCUCAGGAGCCUAGCACAUCUGUGGACAUGAACCACAAUCAUUCAAAUCAGUCAGGGGAGGACGAGAACCAUUUCCCGAAUUCCCCAGGAGAUCGCACUGGGCCAGACAUACCGACUGAGAUCCAGUCAUCAUAG